CAAGGAGGUUGGAGGAGGUGCUAGGUGUAGUGCCUGUGUAGCCUACUGCUCCCACACGGGCUUGGAAUGUUCACAGCGAUCGCGCCAAACUUUCACUUGGUCACUUGCAGUAAGUUAGCAGAUGGCAUUGCUGCAACCUUGUAGCUUUUUUGUCCCGCAGCUUCUCACAGCUUUAUAACCCCACUCUUAUCACGGGCUAAUACAAGAGCACAAGUGUCUACACAUCGUCUUGACCUGCCGUUUUAGUUUAUUCGUUUUAAUACAACAGUUAUUUUCAACUAUGAGCGACGAGGAGCAGGCAAAACAUCUGCUGGAAAAUGUCGGACAGGUCUCCCCUUCAUCAACUAAACGACCACCAAGGAUGCCAAAAUGCUCCCGCUGCAGAAACCAUGGCUACGUGUCGCCGUUGAAGGGCCACAAACGGUUUUGUAACUGGAGAGACUGCCAAUGCCAAAAAUGCAAACUGAUUGCGGAGAGACAGCGGGUUAUGGCGGCUCAGGUGGCUCUACGUCGUCAGCAAGCUCAGGAGGAGGAGAUGGGCAUCUGCAACCCCGUCAAUCUAUCUAAUGCUGAGAUAGUGGUAAAGAAUGAACCGUCUGGAGACCUGCUUCUUGCGGUUGGGGGCAGGUCACCCUCAUCGGCAACUGCUAGUUCAGCUUCUUCUCCCUCUGGCUCUGGGGGUCGCUCUCUCAUGCCCUCUAGCCCCACGGCGGCCAACAGGGGGCACUCUGACGGCACCUCUGACCUAGUGGUGGAUGCCUCCUACUACAACUUCUACCAGCCCUCCCGCUACCCGGCCUACUACAGCAACCUGUACAACUACCAGCAGUACCAGCAGAUGCCCAAUGGCGAUGGCCGUCUGGCCGGACACAAUGUGUCUCCCCAGUACCGCAUGCACUCGUACUACUCAGCAGCCUCCUACCUAAGCCAGGGCCUGGGCACCACCACUUGUGUGCCCCCCAUCUUCACCCUGGAAGACAACAGCAUCUGCCCAGAGCCCAAGGCAAAUGCCUUCUCUCCCGGAGGUGGCCACGACUCCGGCAUGGCCUGCCUGGCCAUCAACCCCAUGGUGAACCCCGAGAACAAGGCCGAGUGUGAGCCCAACUCCGAGUCUGGUGCUUUCACCGUCGACUCCAUCAUUGACGGUGCCGCCAAGUAGAAGCCUGCCAGAAGACAUAGAAGUCACUCCAGUCCAGAUCUCUGACGUCCCAGUGGUGCAGGAUUACAUCUCCCAUGUGGAUUUCUUUUUUUAAAAGUGCAGGUUAUGUUGUAAGCAGACAAGUUGUUUUCUUUUACGGUCCGUUGCCUUACAGAGACUAUUUUGUACGUCUGUUUUACUGUUUUCUACCCAUACAUCCAAAAGUAGAUCAAAGAAAGACUUAAUUGAAUUGUCAAGGUAUGACACAGCGUUCUUCUGCCAAGCAAUCAAGGACAGGAGUUUAUAUAUCUGUUCCUUUUUACGACUGCAAUUAAUAAUUUCUGACAAAAGAAAACAAAAACUGAUUUAUUUUUUCCCUCAGCAGCCUUUCUCUCUCCCCCCCCCCCCCUCUCCUCCUUUCUCUGUCUUUCCUUCUCCUCAAACUCAAAACACAUACUUUCUGCAGGGUGAUGGCAUUUGUAAAUAUUACCUUUUUCCAUUUCAGUUAUUGCAUUCUUGGUGUGUGUUUUUUUUUUUUUUUUUAACCCCCAUUCCAGUUUGUCAGGGAGACCGAUGACGUGUCAAUAUUCCGACAUUGUGUUUAUACCGAAAUGGCAGCGUAGGUUAGUCUCCCAAGGAGGUUUGAAAAAAUGAGACAUCAAUGAAUUAUGCCUCCCCCUCUACUCGAUCUCCGCCCAACGAGUGCUGCGCUUAUUUAUGAUGAGCGGCGGACAGCAUCAUUUUCACCUGGAUGAUAUGCAGCGGCAUCUGCCUCUGAGGAGCCUUGAGCACCCUCACACACACACACUCGCACACACACACACACACACUCAAGUUGCGGCUCCAACUUCUGCUCAAAUUGUGCUCUUCUUUUUGUUCCUUUUUAUUUUUUAUUAUAAUAAUUUUCUUUUCUUUUUUUAAGCAGCAUGUACCAUUUGAUGUAUUUGUCACCUUGAUCGCUGUACAACUUUAAAUUGAAUUUGAACUAAGACUUGAGCAAUGGAAUUGUAUAAUGGUCUGAGAGUAGGGGGAUCCAAUAACGGCAGGAGCGUUUCGCCAGACUCCAACACUUUUUUAGCCAAUUUAAAUCUUUCAGCUUUUAGAUCAUCAUUAUUUGAAUAUCAUUUCAGUAUUUCAAAACUUGCAGCGCAGUGGCUGGUGCAUUUUUAAAAUUUCAGUUUAGGUAUCCAGUGUGCCCAUUGCUGCUGAUUUCUUAUCAAAAUGUACGAAUCUGAGGCCCCGAUACAGACCAGGUGUAACUUGAUUGUCUCUUCUUUUUAGUCACAAAAUAAUACCACACUGACAAAAUGUCAAAAGAAAUUACAAUAUUAUAAUUCAAAAUACCAGUCUCCAUUUCAUCCCCAGUGACGAUUGAAUACAGUUUUAACUUUCAGUUACCUUGACGACCUUACAGAUUGCGACUUGAAUUAAGUUUUUUGUUUUUAAUUAUUCUAUUUCUACUCACUCUGGCCUGACACUGCAUAACUGUUUUAAAUGUUCAGAAGAGCUUCUGAAUUUUUUACAUUAUAUCCAGUUUGUCUCUGUUUUGAAAAUCAUGCCGUAACCUGCUGACCAAAGGUCAUGUACUGUAGCUGUAAGCUUUCUUGAAAAGUGUUAAUGUUCUGUAAUGUUCUUCAGUUUCAAGUCGUACUUUAAGGGUUGGAUAUAUGUGUUGCUUUGUAUUCUUAAUGAUGACAUUCCAACAACUUGACUAUAAAUUGUAAGGCUUACCAUGUAAGUAGUUCUGUACUUUGUAAAAGCACUUUCAGCAGAAUAUUUUAAUUCUUUGCUUUUGCUUUUGCUUUUCUUCUUCUUUUAAGCACACUUAACUUCCCUUUUGCUUGCUAUUUGCAAAUCAGCUCUUUUUGUUUUUUCCAUGUUAAACACUGCACUGUAAAGGUUAUGGGGAUUAAAACUGAUCUCUAUCUGUUACCAAAAAAAAAUGUUUUAGUUGUUUUAAUAAAAUGGCACUAAAAGUCA